UUCUUAAACUUAUUUCUGUUUGUACUUCGCAUAUUAUUUUAAGUCACGAGUGCAAUACUGUUUUGCGUCCAGUAUUUCAAAUAUUUGCACGAGCACUGAGCGAUGUUGAUUUAGAUUUUUCAACAAAAAAAUAAGACGCCCUACGUAGCCUUGUGGGUUAUGAAGUACAAACACGUUUCUCGAGAUUUUCAUAGCUAUAGUUCUGGGUCACCAUAAAGACUGGAGUAAUACACACGACUUGCUCACAUUUGACAGACAGCUUGUUCAGAGGAAUACUCUUCGCAGUUCACUUUGUGCUAUCCUACUUCGUCAGUUUCUUACACUUUCUUUCUUUUUGGGGCAGCCUUGUAAAUGCAGAUGAAGUCAAUAUGAUGAAAACAGUGAUUUUAAUGGGGUUAUUACUCACUUGCAGCUGCCUUGCACAAAACUACGAAUUUGCAAGUGUUUUACAAGCAUUGACCGAGGCUAGCGGCUUACCUGCUAUUCAAUAUCUGGUACAGAAUCCGCCCACUGAGGAGUCUGGUCCUUGCUUGAAUGAUCUACAAACUUAUUUAUCGGAUCUAUCAGUCGGUGCAAGAUAUGCAAGGAAGUUUGCAACCUCGUUCGGUGACUUUCCAGACGAGAGUGUGGAAUUUACGUGGAAUGCGUAUGACUAUGGAGUCAUGGAACAAUGCUUAGAUGUGAACAAGGGUGAUGCAGAUGACUCGCCAUUUAAUACUCAUUACUGUAUGGCAAUGACUAUGAUAGCCACGGUAAGAAUGACCCGCUAUAGUGCUCAUUACUGUAUGGCGAUGACUAUGAUAGUCACGGUAAGAAUGACUCGGUUAGUGCUCAUUACUAUAUGGCAAUGA